CUGUUGCAGAUUUUUAAGGAGGGAAAAUACAGUUGUUCAAAACUCCUGAAUGAUGCGUCCUCUUGCCUGAGUAUUCAUAUCUCCCGGACAUAUCUGCUCCAGGCUCGAUUUCAGGUGAUAUACAGAUCAUCCUACUUCAGGAUAUUCCAGUUCCUCUAGCCAACCGGGAUAAGUGUUGAGCCCUUGAAUCACCACUACAUAAGAGGGCGAUUCAAGACAUCCUUUUAAGACGAAAUUACAUUUCGUCUUCAACACCGAAAAAAGUCUAACACCGCGUUUUUAUGACCGCCAAAUUUGUGGGAAAUAAGGUUGAAGAGGGUUUGAAGGCGGUGAAUCCAUUUUCAUAACUACGGCUGAUCUACAGAGGGAGCCUCUGUUAAUCACUGCAAAUAUAAUUCUUUUUGUAUGAUAUUGGAGGUUUUCGCAUUUGCUCACAAGUGGAUUCCUUUCUGCAAGUCAAUUCUGUCGAACCUCGUUACCCAACUAAAUUAUUUUCUUCUCACACGACUUCUUCCCUUUCCGAACAGAGAAAUGAAUUGAAGGAAGAAUAUAAACACAGUUGGAGAAUUGGGUUAACGAUUUAGCACAGAAGCCUAGGAAGCCCUAAAAUAUUUACGGUGAUACACGUCUUGGGAUUAUGAUAAUCUUAUGGCCACCCACCUAUAGUUGAGAUCUGAAUAGCUUGCUCCCUUGCUUAUGCAUGCAACGCCGGAAAAGAGCACCACCAAAAUCCUUUGUGAUCUGGAUGAGAAGUUUUGUCAAUAUCACACUAGGGUGGGGGGCAUUUUAAAGAGUAACACUAGGGUGGGGGGCAUUUUUUUCCUCGAUAACAAAGAACUGGGGGAGGGUAAAUACAUAGAUUCCAGCCUGCAAUCAGCCAGCAAAAAUCAAGACAAGGAGGGUAUCCCACCAGAUCAGCAGCGGUUGAUAUUUGCUGGGAAACAGUUGGAAGAUGGACGAACUCUUGCGGAUUAUAAUAUCCAGAAGGAAUCAACGCUGCAUCUGGUGUUGAGGUUAAGGGGAAGCCUUUCCAUCAAGGUGAAAACCCUUACUGGAAAAGAGGUAGAGAUCGAUAUCCAACCCACUGAUGCCAUCGAGCGGAUCAAAGAGCUUGUCGAGGAAAGGGAAGGAAUACCACCCCUACAGCAAAAGCUCAUCUAUGGGGGAAAACAACUGAACGAUGAAAAAACAGUCAAAGAUUAUGGUUUAGAGGGAGGUUCUGUUCUCCAUUUUGUGCUGGCAUUGCGUGGCGGCUGUUAAUACAUUUGUUUAGAGCUAAGCAGCAGUGAUAGUUGUCAUUCUUCUGUAAGCAGCUGUUAUUCUUCUAUACUCCUGUUACUUGUUGAAAGAGAGCAAAUAUGAAUAAAGGCAUCUAUGCCAUUUUGCUCCAUGAUUUUUUCCUGUCAACAAUCUUAUAUCUACAAAUUAUCCCUCCCGAUGUUUGAUUUCCAUAUCUGCUUGGCAAUGAAGAAAUUGAUGAAUAUAAAUACAAACAUUCGUUUUGUUC